AUGAAAGAUUUAUUGAAAUUACUUGAACCGUUUACAAUUGUUACAGAAGUAUUAGGUGGAGAAAACUACACAACUGCGUCAAUAGCACACCGAUUGAUUAAAAGUCUUUUAAAUACGUUAAAAGUUAGUGAAAUAGACACUAAUUUUUUAACUACGGUAAAAAAACUAAUUUUAAAUGACUUAAAAUAUCGAAGAGAAAUUAUGGGUUUAAUAUUAGCAAAAUCAUCAGCAUUAGACUAUAGAUUUCGAGAGUUAAAAUUUCUAUCUGAAGAAGAAAAAGAAACUGUUUGGAAACAACUUGAAAAUGAGUUGAAAAAAUUAAUUUCUGAUCCAGAAAUAAAAAAAUGA